UGAACUGUCAAAACACUCCGCGCGCUGCGAGAACAAAGCAAGCACGCGAGCCGUUCUAGCGCGGGGGCUACAGCGAGACGGAGGCGUGGGACGUCUGCGCGAGACGAGGUGAGGCAGUUUCUACCUCAGGGGCAGUUUCUGAGCUGAACUCUCCGUUUGUUGCGCUCGUCACGAAGUUUGAGCGCCUUUAUUCGGCUCUCUCUACCAGACAGUGGCCAAACCUCCGCAGGGGAAGGAGAGAAUACUUAUGGAAUCUCUUCCAACUCUUUGCUAAGACUCUGGCUUUACUGGAAGCUAAUGCCCUGAUCAGCUGUGGCUCAACUCAUUGAUCCAGCCAGAUAUGGAUUAAAACUCUGACGAGCUAGCAGAGGACCCAGCAGAGAGGAAGAGAGGGAAAAGAACGCACUGACCACCAUCGACAGAGCAGCCUACAUGUUUUUAUGCUCCUAAAAUAAGAUCACGUUGGAGAUUCCACCAUAACGAGAAACAGAGAGUUUAAAAUCCCCUUUAUUUCAGCACCGUUUCGGAAACGGAUUCACAAGUUAAAAAAGCAAAAAAAAGGAAAAACAAUCAACAAUCCACGUUUGUAUCUUUCAUCGUUGCCAUCGACAGAUACAAAACUUGCAGAAACAGCCUUUUUAUUUCUCAAAGCCAGAUUAUAUUUCGAGUACAUUCAGCUGUCGAUGCAUGAUUCCACAAAGUCAGGGAACAAUUUCAAAUUCCAGACAUUUCCACUGUGCUUCCUUUGCAUGUCCUAUUGAAAAGUACCUGCACACCAAGGAUAUGAUUAUUGUCUGAUUUCAGCACCUUAUUUUUACUUAAGAAGCGCUGUGAACAGUAUACUACAAUAAAUAUAAUCAGAUUGAAGCUUUUCUUUUCUGAUUGCCAGAAAUGUGAAAGAAACUUGGAAUUCAAUCCAGUAGUCAUCUUAUUCUGCAGAUACAGUUCUACAUCUGUGCAAACAUAAGUGGAUAGAAACACCAUAGAAAUAGAAUAAAUUCAACACCACAUCCCCAAAUGACAACAGGCUUAUACCCACUUUAUAACCAUAAAACCUCUCUAGGAAAUUGUAGCCCGUAAAAUGACUCCAAGUUAAAAGAACUGGAAUAAUGUGUCAGUUUCAGCUUCAUAUUAGAGACACUGUCAAGGCCUGAAGUGGAGCUUCUGUAGAAAAGGUAGAUGAUAGCUGAAAAGAAAGCGAGAGAUAGACAUAAUAAUAAUAAUAAUAAUAAUAAUAAUAUCAGGAGUAUGAGUGAAUCUAAAUAAAAGCAAUUUGUAAUAGAAAUAGUAGAUGCCGGUUCCAUAACUCCAUAACGAAGUUUUCUGAGAAGAAAGUUUCAGCUUCACAAUGGAGAUGCUAGUCAAACUCUGUAGAUAAUAGAAGAAGGAAGUCAAGUGAGACCGAGAGAAUAUCAUGAAGAUCAGUGAAUUCUAGAGGUAUACAGAUUUUUUUGAGGUUUAAAGUGAUUCUCAAUUCUGAGGUCAAGAUUUGAUUCGAUUUUCAAUAGUUUUGGUUUUACAGAUACUACACAGAUUGGUUUGGUUUAAGUGAACAACAGUUUUCCAGUAGAACUUUUCAGUGCGUGCUGUGCCACCCUCUAACAAAAUAAACCCCAAAAUUCACAACCACUCAAAUUCAUAAUCUGUAACCCAAGCUCCAUCCCCUCUUCUUCCACUUUACAGAAGUUUAUAUUAUAAUUCGGUUAUAGUUUUACAUUUUAAUACGUUUUUAAUACUGCAUUGAAAUAAUUGGAACCCAAAUAAAAGUAGACAAUAAUAAAAGAACAUACAGAAUCUGUAACUUGGCUUUCCUUGAAGAAGCACAUUCAGUAGACCAUAAUGGAGACACUGUCCCAGAGCUCCAGACUGGAGUGCCAGAUCUGCUUUAACCCUUUCAGCUUGCAGCGGCGGCGGCCCAAAAUGCUCCAAUGCCGGCACACAUGCUGCUCUGUGUGCCUGAGCCAGAUGAGGCUGAAUCAUCGAGAGAUUCGCUGCCCAUGGUGUCGGAGCGUCACUCCCCUGCCCAGCAGCCUGUCCGUCUCCCAGCUACCCGACGACCUGGAAGCACUGUCCGUCAUCUCCGUAAUGCAGUCCUCUGAGCAUGUGCCUGUUUAUAUCCGGUUGCCUGGUAACGGCUGCUACCUGCUGCCUCUACCGGGAGAUGUUGAGCAGGCACUGUUGCCCGAGGAAACCACCUACCGCUUUGACUUCAAAGGCGGCAAUGACAUGGCUCUGCCAGGGCAGAGCCUGGAAGUGGAGGUGGUGGAGGAGGAGGAAGUCGGGGUGCUAAAGAGUUCGGCCUGGACUGGUUUCUGCACCGUUCUUCUAGUGGCGGUCAUCCUCAUUUUCCUGUUGGGCAUCGUCCUGCACAACAUGUCCUGCGUCUCCAAACGGUUCAGCAUCAUUUCUUGUGGAUGAAAGACCUACUUUGCGUCUGGAACUCAUGCACUAUUCACGUUUGCCAUGUAGUAAAUUGAAUGGGGAAUGACGGUGAGCCAUGGAAAAGGGAGAUAGACAUAGACUAUAUUUCCGAAAGUAUUCAGACACCCUUUCUAAUCACAGACAUUGAUCAAUUCAAAGUGCAUUAGUGACACAAACAUUCAGUUGCACGCUCACAGCGUAUAAUAUCCAUGGAAAAGCAUUUCCCAUAGAAGGGGACACUCUGGAGCAGCUGCGAAUGAUCUAAGGUCACCAUGGUCAAAGCCAAGCAUUGGCUAGAGGGGUGUAAAGUCAUCCCAGUAUCUGGCUGUGGAGCAGCGGAACUGUGAUGGAGCUCCAUCCACUACCUUCGAAUGAGUUGAGAUAAGUUGGAGUGAUCCAGAACUAAUCAUCCACCAUUAGUCCCUGGCCUCGCUAAUGCUCUUGUGGCUGAAUGCAGUUCCUCACAACAAUGUUCCAACAUCCAGCAUCUAAGUGUGAAGCCUUAUCAGGAGAGUAGAGGCUGUCACUGCAGCAAAAAGGGGACAAACGUCUUAUUAUUACCAUUGAUUUCAGAAGCAGGUGUGUACAGACUAUUAGACAUACAGUGCCCAUGUGUUCAGUGCUGGAGUUGACGGGAAGCAAAACAGACAUGAACUUAAUUUCUGAUAGACAGUUUAUUUAUGAUUUUCUGGACCGAAUGUGUGUUCACCCAAUAUGGGAAUCAAGAUGCACUGAGGUCGACAUAUAUGGAUUUUUGACUCUUUAUUUAUGAUUUGUUUCUUUCAUCAUCUUUUCUUGCAAACGAUUGACUAGACUGGGUUUUGUACAUUUUACCAUUUGCCCAGCGCUGAAGCUGGCAGGAAACACUGUGGACAGACAUGGACACAUAAAGAUGAAACAGUUUUUAUAUGAUUUCUACAUACUGAAUGUAUGAAGUCACUUGGAUUUCUAAAGGGCAGUUUAUUAAUGUGGAUGAACGGUUAGGCCAGGUUGGUACAGCAGACCAGUGUUAACACUGUCCGCAAGUGAAGUAGAAACAUGGCCACGUACGAAUUUUGGAUAAACUGUUUAUUUGUGAUUCGCCAGGUUUGUUUACAGAUGGGAAUCAAAAGAGAGACUUGGACUAAUAUGGAAUCUCUCAUUUCCUUUUCUCCAACAGAAGGACAUGGAAAUAUAUGGGUUUUUAAUAUGUUGGAUUGUUUAUUUAAUGUAUCUAGAAACCAUGCCUUAUUUAUAAGCAUUUUUAAUUCUAUAUCAUUUCUUGAGAUAAAUGGAUUUAUACAUUGAGCGAGUGCUGAGGCUGAAUUUCUGAUUUGAUAGGCUGUUUAAUGUCUACAUAGCUUCACGUCAUGCUUGAUGUCCCUAUAAGUGAUUCCUAGGAACUUAUACAUUUCUGAUAUGUCAUACUGUUUGUGUGGGUGGGGGGUAGGUGGUGUAGUCUUCUAGCUCCAAGCAGAAGCCACCUAGAUGUCCAGCCCUUAGAUUUUGCUUCUCUCCCUCAGCCAUUCUCUCCUCAUACUACCACCAUAUUUUGGAGGCACGGGCUGAAUUACAUUAAAAUGUAAUUUAAUAAAACGUUUUUUUUUUUUUACUCCAAGUGAUUUUCUAUUGAUCUGUUCAUUGUGAAAAUUGUGUCAUGUUAAAAUCAAUGUAAAAAAUGUAGAAAAAUAAAAUCUGACAAAAUUUU